AUGAAAGUCACGUCCCUCGACUGCCGCCAGCUUAGGAAGCUCCUGCGGAAGGAGCCCUCCCGCUGCCUGGUGCUGGACUGCCGGCCCUACCUGUCCUACUCGGCCUCCUGCCUCCGCGGCUCGCUUAACGUCAACCUCAACUCGGUGGUGAUGCGGCGGGCUCGCGGCGGGGCCGUGCCGCUCCACUUCGUGGUGCCCGACGCGGCGGCCCGAGCCCGGCUGCUGCUGAGCAGCGAGGCGACGGCUGGGAGCGCCCGCCUGGCAGCCGUGGUGGUGCUGGACCAGGGUACGGGGCACUGGCAGAAGUUGAAGAAGGACAGCACGGCCCAGAUCGUCCUCAACGCUCUGCUCUCCAGCCUGCCGGAGGCCGGGACCAGGGUUUGCUUCCUGAAAGGAGGAUAUGAAACCUUUAACUCGCAAUAUCCUGAGUGCUGUGUGGAUGGAAAACUCAUUUCCCCGGAGAAGACUGAGGCAGAGAGAAACCUUGCCAGCCACUGUGAGAAGCAGAGUGCCAACCAGAAACCCGCUUAUGAUCAGGGUGGUCCAGUUGAAAUCCUGCCUUUUCUCUACCUUGGUAGUGCUUAUCAUGCUUCCAAGUGUGAGUUUCUUGCCAAUCUGCAUAUCACAGCCCUCCUCAAUGUCUCCAGGAAAAGCUCAGAGUCCUUCAAAGACCAGUAUUGCUACAAGUGGAUCCCAGUGGAGGACAGUCACACAGCAGACAUCAGCUCACACUUCCAGGAAGCCAUUGACUUCAUUGAUUAUGUCAGGCGAGCAGGAGGCAAGAUCCUGGUGCACUGCGAAGCAGGGAUCUCGCGCUCUCCCACCAUCUGCAUGGCCUAUCUCAUGAAGACAAAGAAGUUCUGCCUGGAGGAAGCCUUCGAUUACAUCAAGCAACGCCGGAGCCUGAUCUCACCCAACUUUGGUUUCAUGGGCCAGUUGCUCCAGUACGAGUCGGAGAUCUUGUCUUCCACUCCCAGUCCUGCUGUUGCCUCGUGCAAAAGAGAAGCCGCAUCUUUCUUUGCGGAGGAACUGACAUUAGGCAAAAACUUUGAAGGCUCGUGUUUUGCCUUUCCUACCUCAGUGCUAAGUUCUGUGCCCAUCCACUCUCCUGUCCACCAGCUGAAACUCAGCCCCAUGACGGCAUCUUCGUCCUGCUGA